GUUAUAAUAAAGUAUUGUUGUUGUGAUCCACAAACACAACACUUAAUAAUGAAAGUAUUGGUCGAUUUGAAUGGAUGUGAAAACUAUAGCAUUCGUAUCGAUCGUACGGAUAGUGCGGUUGUGUUGCCCUUCAAUCAGGUCUACAAUGAGAUCCGCAAACAAAUCAAACACAACAUCACAUCCAAUACACAUAUCUUCGAGAUAUUUGACAAAGACUUCUGUGAAUACUGUGUUAUAACGAGUGAUAAUUACGUGAUUGAAGACCUGUCGCGACUACGGGUGCGGCCGAAGACAGUGAACAACGAGUCCAUAGGUUUAGGCAUUAAUCGGGACUUAAAUAUUGGCCACAAAUACAGCCAUAAAAUACAAUACGAGAAAAAUGAACUCAACUUAAGUGAAAACAAUAUCAAUAAAUGUGAGGACAGUAUUACUGAUUACGAGAACAGGGAGGAGACGGAUGGCUCGAUCGCUGGUGAUAGUUGUUCCCAAAGUGUGUACACUAAUAGUGAGAUUAAUAGCGAUACUCUAUGGGCACCGAAACCUCAAUCACCUACACCUCCAUUGCCAUCAAAAUUGCCACAAAAAUUAGCCCGAAAUGUGAUUAAAAAAUUUAACGCCGAGAAUGGUAUUAAAGUGGUGGAUAGUGAUGAUAGCACUGGGUUAAUCAUUAAAUUUCCAGCCGUUACCACACCUGCCAUAGACCUGACCAGCCAUAGAGUACGUUACUGUUUCGAUAACAUUAUAACAAACGCCGGGUAUUUUGUUCAACAACCGACACAACUGCCCACAACUGGAACUCCCAGUGUUGGCAAUGAGGGGCAAAACGUAACUCACUUUUCAUCAUUUAUUCAAACGUCAAAACCUUUAUCAACACCUAUACCCUCGCCAUUAGCGCCGGGUUCUCACCCCUCGGCGCCCAUCAACUAUCUGGACGUUGAAUUCAAUUCAGAUACUUUUGCCACAACCGCCAGUUCCCCACAUAUGGCAUACAUCACAUUCACUGCAUGUGUGGGCACAGUAUGGGUGACGGGUAUGUUGUUUAUGUUGGCCGAGUACCGGGCGAUUAUACGGUUAAUGCAUAUAUUGAAGACAAACAUCUGUGGCAAUGAUUCAGACGUUAUCGUCAAACACAUGUCCAAAAGUGGUUUCAAUGACUGGAAUUACGAAAAGUGUUUGAAUUACUUUUACAAUGCGUUAAAAUUAUAUAAAAAGACUUUGGCGAACUGUCCGAACCGGGAGACGGCGGCCACCGUUUACCCCCUGUUCAACACAAUGCACUCAUUUGUACCCUAUUUUCUCAUGACUGCCAAAGACUUUACAAAACUCAACGAAUUGAAGCGAUUGUUUGAUGAGAAAUGCGGCGAAUGUCACACCAUUUUUAACCCUAAUUGUAGCACAGCUCCAAUAGCCACAAAUUGGACAGACAACGGGUCAGAUUGUAAUCACACAUUAAACCUACCAUUAAAUAAUAGUGUAGACCCGACUCGCGGUAAGGAACAGAACCCGAUUGAUUACUUGGGACUACCGUUGACGGGAAAACAGUUUACGGUAAACACCAGUUCCCCGCACUUGCCGUACGUGACAGUUAUUAUUAAAGUGAAAGGCGUGUGGUUUAGGACCGGGCACUUUGGUGCCGCCAACCACUUGGCCCUCAAUCUGCUGUUACAACUGGUGGACAAACACCGGCCCACCGAUGGUAGGCCUAUGACUGAUACCGAGUGGGCACGUGUAGCCAACAAUAUGCCCAGUAUUAAAGAUCCCAAUAAACCCGAUGUGGUGUUUGACCCGAAACUGUGCCAAAACUAUUUGCAAAACGCUUUGGACUUAUAUAAAAAAAUAUUACAUGAGUGUCCAAACAUGGAUAGGGCCGGCAUAGCGUUCCCCAUGUUUCAUACAUUUCACAUCUUUAAUACUGCAUCCGUGGUGUCGGACGCCGAGUGCCGCGAAAUUCAACGUUUGCGUGAAUUGUUUAGCAAAAAGUGCAAAACAGACCCCUAUAUCGUUGAGGUUAACGUAUCUGCACUGCCGGUGCCCUCACAGACCCCAAAUGACUCCGGACUUUGGCCAAAGUCAUGCCCAAACACGUGCGAAGUGGACGCAUUUCGCAAAGCUUGUGCCAACAUUACCAGGGACGAUUUUGAUGCAUUUACUCACCUGUGCCUCUGCGUUGACGAAGCGGUUAAAACGUUGGGUCCGUUUGAAGAGAACCGGGAGUUGUUUUGGUCACACGUAUGGCAGCUAAUGCUUGAGUCCGGUUACGGUUCAUUAGAUAAGAGCACCUGCCGUCUGAUGUUUACCCAACACGUGGGCCAAUAUUAUAAAACU